AUGGCGCCUUGGGAGAGCUUCGACAUCACUUUCAGCUUUAGUAAUAAUCCCUACAGCGUGGAAUUAGUAAACCAAAUCCUUGCGAACCGAAAGGUUCUCCACAACAUCCUUUUCAUUGACCGCCUCCUCCUAUUCCUAGGAAUUGAAUCUGCAUCGACCUUGUAUCCCCCGAAAUCAAUCGAGACCCUCAGGAAACUCCAUAGGAAAGUAAUAUCAUCGUCCUCGCCGAAUCAUUACAAACAAUCCGUGAUAUAUUACCUCCUUCGAGACUGCCAAGAUGCAAGCGAUACACCCCGCAGCCUACAUUUUGUUCAGCAGUGUUAUCUACCGCAGCACUAUAGGCUAUUCAUAGACGGUCUUUGGCAAUUGGAUGGAUUGGAAUUUCGUAGCGCACUGAAGCAUCUUACUGAACCCUCUCUCAUUCCCACAUUUCCAGACGAAAUCCUCUAUGCCCUUUUAACAGUUUCACAGGACGAUGCCCUGGCCGUUGCGUAUUACAUAAGCGUCUCCCCGCCCCUGACUUCGAGCAAAGUUCUAUUCGCCUAUUUUACUAUGUUGUGUCGAACAAGGCUCGCUUUAGCCUUCGAUUUUACUCGCAAACAACCCAUCAGUACCCGACAUGCGCUAGUUGAUCAGAUGAUCAUAUCUGUUCUCUCUAUUAAGCAAAACGAGAUACGGACAGAGAAUGCCAUGAGAUUGGUGAAUCUACCAUUUGAUGAAACCGAAGCUGAAUGGUUUGAGGAUUGUCUAUUACGUGGGAAGGCCAAAGAUUUUUUCGGAGCGAGAGAAACGGUUUUGAUGCGACGCAUUUCAGUAGGGUUUCUAGGUGAUCUUGGGAAGCUGGACUCGUUGGGUGGCCGUAAAAUUGAGGGUCUUAACUGGGAUAUUUUGAGAAGAACUCUGCAGCCCAGCAUCUCUUGA